AUGCCUCUGGAUCCACAAGCUUUUUAUCAGACUACCGCAGAGCCUGUUGUACCAGAACACACUGUUCAAACCAAGCUAGAAGUGGGAGAGUCGUCUGCCCCGGUGGAUAUGAAGCUACUUAAGAGGUUAGAUCGUUUCGAUGAGUUCAUUAGGAAAAGCCAAGGUUUAAACAAACAAGGGGUGUUAGACUACGAUAAUCUGUGUCUGUUUCCAAAUGUACAGCUGCCCGUAGGGUUCAAGAUCCCGAAGUUCAAUAAGUAUGAUGGUACGGGCAACCGUAAGACACACUUGCGGUUGUUUGCCAACAAAUUGGGCAGGCCGGUGGAUGAUGAAAACUUACCGUUAAGGUUAUUUCCAGAGAGAGUCUCCCUCGAUUGGUAUUCAAACUUAAAACCAGAGAAGGUGAAGACUUGGCUCGAUUUGUCCAACGCCUUCAUUAGACAAUACGAAUAUAAUUGCGAGCUAGCACCGACCCGAACUACUUUGGAAGGCACAAAGAGGAGACCAUCUGAAGAUCAUAAGACAUACGCCAAAAGAUGGAGAAAGAUAGUUGCUAAGGUUGAGCCUCCAAUGACCGAAAAUGAAAUUGUUCGCACUUGUAUAAAGGCGCAUGAUCCUCCACACUUUGAAGAAAUCUUCCGUAUGACCGGAUGUUCGUUUGCUGCGAUUGUGAAUAAACUCGAAGAGUAUGAUGAUUUUGUGAGAUCCGGAAAAAUUGUUAACAUCUCUGUCUUAAAAUCACAAGUAGAAGCUUUGCAAGGGUAA